AUGUCUCGUGAACGUACUCUUAAAAACAAAAUUAUUUCUAUUAUUUCUUUGUAUGUUUCAAAACAAUGUCCAGCUUAUGAUGAAUUAAAACAAGCCAUUGAUGAUAUUGCUGAUGAUAAAUUUAGGGAAAUAAUGAAUCAAGAACCACAAUCAAUUAGUCAACAAAUUCAUCAUUUAAUUGAUGACAUCUUUUUCUUCAUUAAUGAUCAUUAUCAAAUUGGUCAUGCACAAGGUGAACAACUAGAUCGUUUAAUGGAUAAAAUCAAAAAAAUUGUUAUCGAUAUGCUAAUUGAAAAUGAAAAUAUGAAAACUGAAAUUUCAAAUUUACAGAUUGAAACUGGAUCUCUCCGACAAGAAAUUCAAGUUUUACAAAGCGAAAGAUAUGAAGCAAUUAAACGUAGAAUGAUUGGGGAAAUUUUAGGACCAAUAGUUCAAGAAAUUCGAGGUACAAUGAUGGAUGACAAUGUUCCAAAUCAUUAUUAUUGUAAAUUAAUGAUUAUUGCUUGUUUAUUACAUGAAAAAGGUGAAACCAUCUCAUGGGAAAUUACAAAUUUCAAUCGGAUGAAUCAUCCAGUACAUUUUAAUGUUAAUGAAUUUAAUAAAAUGGAAUAUAUCAUUAAAAAUAAAAGUGAUUCGUUAAAUAUUGAUUAUAUUACUCUCUUGGAACUCAUCUUAAAGAAAUUCGAUCGCAAUGAAUUGGAGCACGAUUAUAUUAAAAAUUUUUUUACAAAUCGUUCACGUAGUCAAGCAUCAUUUAGUGAAUAUUUGGUAUCACUUGGUAUCAUAGAUGCAUUAAGUACCAAUGAAAAGAUCUGUUUACAUGUAUUAUUCCAACACCAUUUCGUCGAUUAUUAUUAUGCUGGUCAAUAA